UCCUCUCUCCUCUUGGUAUUCUUGUGCUUUGCUUUCUAUUCUGCCGUUCGGGGUGCUUCGCUGGGUCUAAGAGGCUGAUCAUGGCGGCUUUCUCUCGUUUACAGCUGGCAAAAGCCUUGAUCGAGUACGAUAAUGAAAACCUCCCUUUUGACCUUCACAAGAAUGCAGAGCAGAGUGCUGUCUUCAUGUCCCUUCGGCGGAACCUUCCCUCGCACGUCGCCGCCCAGUCACAGGCCCGGAGGAGCACCGAUUACCUUAGUGUGCCCCUUCCAUCAGAAGGCGUGGAUGCCAGCAGCGCGGGGAGCAGGAUGUCCGUUGCUCGCAGAUCCUUAGCAUCGCUCCGUAACCCUUUCGGUAGGGAUUCCACAUUUGAGGGAGCCCUGGAGGAUGAGGUAGAAGUGGAUUUAUCGUCUUGGGGACUGGAUUCUCUGGUGGGAGAGGAUGCCAAGAAGAAGGGCAAAGAAGUUAAACGACAGGUGUCGGACGGCAAGACAAUCCUACCCAAUCCUCAUGAACCCUUGCAGCUGCAGAAUACCCCUGGUCGCAGACGGCCCCCUGCCAACGCUCGUACAAUGAGCAUGGGAAAUAUCCCGUUGAUUGGGACCGGGUUACAAGAUCAGCUGGACAACUUUGGUGUCGGUGGGGCAUUCCUGGACGCGAAGUCAUCGUUACCCUCCACAUCAGCCUUGAGUUCGCGUCGACAUUCUGUAGGCAACCCACUAGACUUCGCUGAAGUGCAAAUCACGGACCCAGUCUUGCAUCGUCGCAGGGCUUCCGGGCAUGCCCUUAUCGACAGCAUCCCUGUCACGCCUCCUCUGCAUGCAAUACCUUUCCCGCAAGAUGCUGGCGAUUUCCCCGACGCAGACGUAGAAGAGGCAGGCCUGGCAUAUGACGACGAGCCAGAAAGCGACUCAGCAGCUCAAGAUACGUUUGCCAUCCCACCUCCCCCGCCAGAACGUGCCUCUCGCUUUGACCCGAAGAUGCUCAACACGCAGCGACAGCGCGUCGUCUCCACCGCAUCCCUUGGUACCCAGAUGUAUUCGCCUUCGCCUGACUCUGGAUCGCCUCGGCCGGAGUCUGUCCUGAGCGGUCGCCCACCGCAGCCCGGCCGUGACAGGCCGUAUUCUCGUCUUGAGCUCAUGCGUCCGAAGGUGCUCAUCAUGCCCAGCCCGCUUCAGCAGUCCGUUCCUACUUCCACCCAGCCGGCGCAGCAGGCUCGUGAGGGCUUCGAGUUUACGACGGACGGACCUCCGCUACCCGCUGAGGCGCGUACCUUUGGCCGUUCAAACGCUUCCCUGCUUUCCCCCUCGCACACUGAUGACGGCUUCACGCCAAACCCGAGAGCGACCAUGACGCUGUCUCAGUUGACAUUCCGAAGCGCCUUGAUGGUCGAUGGUCAGCGUGACGUGGCGUUCAAGGAUAUCGAGGACAAGCUGCAGUGGGCUACGCAAGAAGGCGAACAAGCUCCCAUUGACAUCCAUAAUGAUUCUACACCCGGGCUUCCUACCAUGGAGAUUACCGACGCCGACGCCGACGCCGACGCUCCCAGAGGCAAGAGAGCACCGGGAAAGCUUUACGGCAAGAGUCUCAUCGAUGAUCUGGAGGCGAGGAAGGCUGAAAUGAAGGGUAAACAAAGGGUAUUCACCGGUGAUCAGAGGCCCUCCAUGAUGGCCAGGACACCAAUGCAGCGAUCUAGUACCCUCAUUGAUCCGGAGUCGUUGAAACAACGUCCUAAAACCCUGAUGCACCUUGACUCUUCGCAGUCCACCCCCGGUAUUGGUCCCAGUGGUCUCUCUCGGCGUGACUCUGCACACGCGAAGACGCUCAUCAACUUCGAGGAAGGAAUUCCUGGAGCUCCGCGCGGCACCUUCCCUGCCGCCGACAGCCGUGGCGGCGGCAUGAGCGCGACGCGGAGCGUUUUCGGCGUGGACACGAUAUGGGAAAGAGAACUGGCCAAACUGCGCGAGAUCGAGGCUCAGGAAAAGGCCGAGGAGGAGGAACGGCAGAAGCACGGCGAGGUCGACGACGGGAAGAAAACGAAGGGCAAAGGAAAGCGCAGGGGCAAAGGCAAAGAAGGCGAGGCGUCGGGCAUCGAUCCGUCUCCAUCGGUCCUUUCGCCCUCCACGUCCCAAGUACAAGACUCGCCAAAUACAGCCGCUUCUCCUGAAACUCCUUUGUCUGCACAGAAGCGAAUAGCACGACGCGCGCCGCCGCCCCCUGUUGAUGGUGAGGAUGAUGAGGAAGAGGACAGUGACUCGAGCUCCGUUGCAGGUCGGCCGUUUGGCGGUCCCAAGACGGACGGCUGGCACUCAGGCUCUGACGAAGAAAGACGGCCACAGGAGGCGAGGCUGGUCGGUCAGCCUCGGCGAACGACAGGCUCUGGCCCGAGGUUCGUCGACAACCUGCCGCCGCGCUUCCGUGCAUUGCAGCAACAGCAGCAGCUCGAGCUCGGCGAUGACGAAUCAAGCGAGGAGGACUUGCCGCUCGUCGCCACUAUCGGCCGCGCGGCGCAGCGGGCGACACGCACGGACUUCACGGGCCUGCAGGUCCGCGCCGAGGACUCAUCCGACGAGGAGCGGCCACUGUCGCAGCUGCUCGACAAGACGAAGCAGAGGCUGCCGUCGCCGACGCAGAGCCGUGGCACGAGCCUGUUCGCUCCGAUCGGGAACACCCUCGGCGAUGCGCUCAAGGCGCGCGGCAGUGGCAAUGGCGAGAACGGCGAGGACGAGGACGACAAGCCCCUGGGUCUGCGCGCGUCGCGGCUCUUCCCUACGUCAUCACAAUCCCAGAGUGCGGCCGGCGGCGGGGACGAGGACGACGAGAGACCCCUUGCACUCCAUCCGGAACAGAUUCGCCGUUCGCAGUUCUUUGCCUCGGCCGCGCAGCAACAGCAACAGCAGAUGAUGAUGACGAUGCAGGCCCAGGCCGCGGCCGCCGCACAGAUGCAGAUGCAGCAGUCAAUGAUGUUUGGCGCGCCCUCGAUCAUGAGCGCGCCGUUCUAUGGGCCGCCUAUGGGCCCUCCGAUGAUGAUGUCCCCUCAGCUGCCCUCGACGCCGCCGCCCAUGCAUGACACCGCGAAGCUGAACCGCGUGGACAAGUGGCGACAUGAUGUUGCCGUCGAGGGCGAGCGGUGAGACGCAUUGGUCACUCUUUCGUAAUUGCUGUAAUGGGUUUACGGUUCCCACCUUCCUUUUUCUUUUUUGGAUCCACAUUAUGGUUGCAUUCGAUCCACAUACAAUGUCUUGAGCAUCAACAGACCACCAGCAGCUAUGAUAUUCCUACCCAUCCUGAUAUCCAACACUAAUGCGAUCUAAUAGUCAUGCAAUAAAACAAAUACAAUGAGUGAGCAAAAAGUCCUUUUGUAAGUCGGUGCGCAAAUACAGAGCGAGGGUGGCUUGAGAAAGAACGGAGUUACGAUAGCGUCCUAGAAUUACUGUACGGGGUAACAUAGGGCGAUAAUGGGAAUAUAAGGAACAGAGCUGGCACGGUGCGUGAUGCGUGAGGAUCAACUUGGCUCGGGAUUGGUGAGGAAGAGUUUGCGCCUGGGCACGGUCACGAUCGACACGUCGCGGCGGUUCAACUCGUCCUCCAUCCUUCGCUGCCUGGUUUCCUCGUCCUCGCCAUCGUCAUCGUCCUCGGCGGUCACACCUCCAUGCGAAACGGAGGCGGGGUAUUCGUGGUCGCGCGCGACCCGGUAGGAAGGCUGGUGUUGGUACGGGCCUGCGCCGGCGGUGGGGAAGGGCACGCCCGGCGCGUGGUGCUCGCCGGGUUGCGGCGGGUUCCGCAUCCGGCUGAUCAGCACAGUCAGGAUCGACUCGCUGGGGAUGCCGUUCCAUGCCAGGACGAAGACGAGAAUGUAGAAGCACGCCGUCCAUGCAAUGAAGACCGCGAAGGUGGCAACGGAGGCGCGGUCCCGCAGGGCAAUGAUCGAGAGAACGCAGACGGCGAGAAGGAAGGCGUGAAGGAGAACGUGGACAAGCGCGUCGAGGGUGUUCGGCAUUAGCGCUGGCUGGCCAGACAUUGUAUGAUCGGGGAUGGUGUCUUUCAAGCUUAGGCCUUCCACGGUCCCCGGGGUGGACGGCAUCUGUCCACGUCGUUGGAGCUGCGCAUUAGCGUAAUCCAUGUCGCCCUGUGGCAGAAAGCGUGUGUC